AUAGUGAGAACCAAGUACUUCAUUUACACCACAGGAACCGAAGAGUUCAGGUGUAGGUUGGAGACCUCAGCUGGUGGUGCAGACAAAAUGGAAACCAACUACUCCAUCCAUCUGAAUGGAUCAGAUGUGGUGGUCUAUGAUUCUACCAUCUCCAGAGUCCUGUGGAUCCUUUCGAUGGUGGUUGUCUCCAUCACUUUCUUCCUUGGUGUGUUGGGCAAUGGACUAGUGAUCUGGGUAGCUGGAUUCCGGAUGCCACACAAUGUCACAACUAUCUGGUAUCUGAAUCUAGCUUUGGCUGACUUCUCUUUCACAGCAACUCUACCAUUCCUCCUUGUCGAAAUGGCUAUGAAAGAAAAAUGGCCUUUUGGCUGGUUCCUGUGUAAAUUAGUUCACAUUGUGGUAGAUAUAAACCUGUUUGGAAGUGUCUUCUUGAUUGCUGUCAUUGCCUUGGACCGCUGUAUUUGUGUCCUGCAUCCAGUCUGGGCUCAGAACCACCGCACUGUGAGCCUGGCUAGGAAGGUGGUUGUUGGGCCCUGGAUUUUUGCUCUGAUUCUCACUUUGCCGAUUUUUAUUUUCUUGACUACUGUUAGAAUUCCUGGAGGAGAUGUGUAUUGUACAUUCAACUUUAGAUCCUGGGCUCAAACUGAUGAAGAAAAGGUGAACAUAGCUAUCACGUUCGUAACAACUAGAGGGAUCAUCAGGUUCCUUAUUGGCUUCAGCAUGCCCAUGUCCAUUGUUGCCAUCUGCUAUGGACUCAUCGCUGUCAAGAUCCACAGAAGAACCCUUGUUAAUUCCAGCCGUCCUUUACGAGUUCUUACAGCAGUUGUGGCUUCCUUCUUUAUCUGUUGGUUUCCCUUUCAGCUGGUGGCCCUUUUGGGCACAGUCUGGUUUAAAGAGAAAUUGUUUAGUGGUAGUUAUACAAUUCUUGACAUGUUUGUUGAUCCAACAAGCUCAUUGGCUUACUUCAAUAGUUGUCUCAAUCCGAUGCUCUAUGUUUUCAUGGGCCAGGACUUCCGUGAGAGAUUUAUUCAUUCCCUGCCUUCUAGUCUUGAGAGGGCCCUGAGUGAGGACUCUGGUCAAACCAGUGAUACAGGAACCAGUUCUACUUCACCUCCUGCAGACAUUGAGAUGAAGGUACCAUGAAGUCUGUGAUGAGGGAUGCUUUUCAUCCCACCUCAGUCCCAUUCCACUUUUGCCUUACCUUAUGCUGUGCCCUAUAGCAUUUUUAAUCUGGAAAAAAAAUACUUCUGUGUCCCCUGAAUCUGGGAAAUUAAAUAAAAGUCAAUGU